CUGUGACGCUUUAGCGGAGCCUCUGCCGGUUCUUCUCCUCCUCCUCCUCCUCCUCCUCUCCCUCCUCCUCUCCCUCCUCCUCUCCCUCACUCCGCUGUCUCAGCUCCGUGAGGCGGAUCAGCACCGCGCGGAGCAUCGAGAGUUCCCCGGCAGACAGACACUCGGAAGCGGAUUAGCUGCGGAGGAUUCACCGGGAGGUAGACGGGAAGUCGGCUGUCAGGAGAACCAGGCCAGAGGUCACAGAAGGCAGCACCAUCAGUGGACAGAGAUGAUGUCCAUGCAGAUGAGUGAAGCAGACAGCGUGGUGAAGGUGGCAGAGUGGCAGCAGACGUAUUACUCGUCAGAUUCGGGGAUUCAAUCCGGAGCAACAACAGUCCGAGACGACGAGAGCAGCACUGACUACAGCGGCCGUAAGAAGUACCCAGGAAGUACUGCAAACAGUACUACAGGUGGUCCAGCUGCUGCAACCGCGGGGGGCGGAGACUCAGCAGGGUGCGGAGCAGAGAGCCCCUCAGAUUUAGACGCUCAGUUCUCGCUCACACGUGCUCAGCGUGUCCGGGCGGCCAUGUUUCCAGAAACACUGGUGGAGGGGGAGGCGGCAAUGCCUGUCCAAUCAGAUCCCACGCAGCAGAGCAAUGUGCAGCGAUUGGCUGAACCCUCCCAGCUGUUGAAGACUGCGAUAGUCCACCUGAUAAACUACCAGGAUGACGCUGAACUCGCCACCAGGGCGGUGCCAGAGCUCACCAAACUACUGGGGGACGAUGACCCGGUCGUGGUGAACAAGGCAGCCAUGAUCGUCAACCAGCUGACCCGAAAAGAGGCCAGUCGCCGCGUCUUGAUCCAGUCUCCAUCAGUUGUGGGCGCCGUGGUGCGCGCCAUGACGACAGCUGUAGACAUGGAGACGGCAAGAUGUGCAGCCAGUGUGCUGCACAGCCUUUCACAUCAGAGGGAGGGCCUUACCAUCAUCUUUAAGUCAGGAGGGAUCCCGGCUCUCGUCCGCAUGCUCAGCUCUCCGGUGGAGUCGGUCUUAUUUUACGCCAUCACCACCCUCCACAACCUGCUGCUGCAUCAGGAAGGAUCCAAGAUGGCAUUGCGUCUGGCUGACGGCUUGCAGAGGAUGGUUCCUCUCCUGAAGAAGAGUAACCCAAAGUUCCUUGCCAUCACCACCGACUGUCUGCAGCUGCUGUCCUACGGCAACCAGGAGAGCAAGCUGAUCAUCCUGGCCAAUGGAGGUCCAGAGGGUCUGGUGUUCAUCAUGAGGAACUACAACUAUGAGAAGCUGCUGUGGACCACCAGCCGGGUACUCAAAGUGCUGUCAGUUUGUCCCAGCAAUAAACCCGCCAUCGUAGAGGCUGGUACGUGGGAUGCAGGCCUCGGCCAACACCUCACAGGCUCCAGUCAGCGUCUGAUCCAGAACUGCCUGUGGACGCUCCGCACCUCAGACGCUGCAACCAAACAGGAGGGUCUAGAUGGUCUUCUGCAGAUCCUAGUCACCCAGCUGGGUUCUGAUGAUGUCAACAUGUUGACGUGUGCGACCGGCAUCCUGUCCAACCUCACCUGUAACAACUCACGCAACAAGACUCUGGUGACACAGUUUGGCGGCGUGGAGGCGUUGAUUCAUGCUGUGCUUCGUGCCGGGGAGAAGGAGGACGUCGCCGAGCCGGCUGUCUGCGCACUGCGUCACCUGACCUCCCGCCAUCAGGAUGCAGAGCUGGCUCAGAAUGCUGUGCGGCUUCACUAUGGCAUCCCUGCUGUCAUCAAACUGCUGUCACAACCACACUACUGGCCUGUCGUGAAGGCUACAGUUGGUUUGAUCCGAAACCUGGCGCUGUGCCCAGCCAACCAGGCGCCACUGAGAGAGUCAGGAGCCAUCCCACGAUUGGUCAACCUGCUGCUGAAAGCUCAUCAGGACACGCAGAGACAUGCCUCCUCUGCUCAGCAGACGUACCAGGAUGGAGUUCGUAUGGAGGAGAUAGUUGAGGGUUGUACAGGAGCUCUCCACAUUCUGGCCAGAGAUCCGAUAAAUAGAGGAGAGAUCUCUAACAUGCAGACCAUUCCUUUGUUUGUCCAGCUGCUGUACUCGUAUGUAGAAAACGUGAAGCGUGUCUCAGCCGGCGUUCUCUGUGAACUCGCUCUGGAUAAACAAUCUGCAGAGCUGAUCGAUGCAGAGGGGGCGUCGGCUCCGCUCAUGGAGCUGCUGCACUCCAACAAUGAGGGAAUCGCCACGUAUGCCGCCGCCGUGCUGUUCAGAAUCUCAGAGGACAAAAGUUCAGACUACAGGAAGAGAGUCUCGGUGGAGCUCACACACUCACUGUUCAAACACGACCCUGCUGCCUGGGACAUGGCUCACUCUGCUAUACCACUGGAGGCUGCGUAUCUGACUGAUGAGUUAGACGGUUCUUACCCUGCCUACGGAUACGCUGACAUGCCUCUAGACACCAUGCCGCUAGACCCUGACCUGCACGAGACCUACAUCCCUGAUAUGACCUUUGACCCCAGACAGGCCUACCCUGAACCACUUUAACAGGAGAUUGAAACAGAAACGCUGAAAGAAAAAAGAAAUGACCAAAUCCACAGAGACUGAAUGAGCGGAUGGAUGAAGAGGAUGGCAGUUUUAAUCACAAAGGGAAUCAAACCUUUCUAAUGGGAUAAAAAUCCUAUUUGGCAAUCAAGAACUGUGAAGGAGGCUGCUUGUUAGAAGAGGUUUACUGUUGCAGUAAUGAAAAAUGUAAUUUUGUUAUAAUGUUUUCCUGUGGGGGGUUGGGGGGGAGUUCUGAUGUUUGGAGGCGUUGUUACACGGGUAACUUUUUGAAGCAAUCAAAUCUGGCGAAAAAGCCUUAAAUUUACAGUUUGUGAGCUCGACCAGAAUGUGUGUUCAAACACUUCAUCUGUGACAGAUUGACAAGUUAAAGAAAAACAUCUGAAGUGUCAAUGUUAAAGUGUGAGGUCAGUGAUGCAAUGCCUGAUAUAAUAUUAGCUCUGAUGAACAGGUUUUUUUCUAAACAGUAUCAUUGAAAACUCCCAUAUUAGUCGAUAAGAAGUUCCAUCACAUUGAAGUUAACUAACCCCAGUUUAUCCGAUUUUUUACAACCAAAACACUGAAAACUAAACACUCUGACAGUUUCUCCCUGAUUAGCUUCACUGAACCUCAUCUUUGCUGCCAAACGCUACCCGUGUGUUUAGAUGUCUCUGUGUGUGUUUGAACAGUGCACAUGUUCAGGGUGUCUGUGUGGUUGUUGCAUGGUAGUUUAUCGUGUAAUCAUUGAAGUAUUUCCACCGUCACAUUCCAAGGAAACGGAUAUCUGGGUUUUACAAGCCAUCGUGGAUUGCAGCAGCCAUUCUAAAAAAAAACUCACUGGACUACAAAUCCCAUCAACUCACCUGAACAAGCAGAUAUUGAGAUCACAGGAGAUGGACAACAAAUCCCUUUGGCAACAGACUACGAUUCCUAACAUUUUCUGGUCAUACUCACUUGGACCGGAUGUUUUUUGUCAGAAGUGGACAUCUCAGAUCAGCUUGUUCACACCGUCACACCUGGAGUACAUUUAGCAAACAUUUAUAAACACACACUUAUAACUGUACUGUGAUAAAAUAUCAGUUAUAAAUUACAUUUAUAACUGCACAUGUAUUACGGUACAGUUACAAAUGUAUUGUAAGUUUAUAAUUGUAUGUUUACAGCUGUACAUUUAUGACAGCACCAUCAUGUUGAAGCAACAUGAUGGUGCUCGGGGUGUUUUAUCGUAGAAACAUGUCAUUAACUCUAUGUCACUGUCAAAGGGAGGGGAUUGGGGAGGGUCUCUGCUUUAAUCAGCCUCUGAUUGAUGUGCAGCACAUUUUUUACCUAACAUCACAUCACUUAUUGUCACUGUCUGAAUUUAAAGUUAAAUGGUGGACAUGUUGGACAGUUUGUGUUCCCCAGCUGCAUCUUUAAAGAGUUGCCGUUUGUUUCUGCAUCUCCAACAACAGCAGCUUCUAAAACGUUAAAAAGCACAAACAAUGACUCAUCGGUCAGAAACAAUUUUAAUGUUCUUAAAUCUGAACAUCAUUAAAUUUUAUUAUUUUCA